AUGUUUUGCCUUUAUAAAAAAUUAUUUAUUUUGGACAGUAGUGAAGAGAAUGAGCAACUUGAUGAGCAUGAAAAACAAUUCCUUGUUCAAAUAUACCCUUUUCUUAAAAAUGUAACGGUUGAAAGUAUUCUCUCAUUUCGGGCCCCUUUACGUGAUAUUGACUUAUCUAAGGCAGAUUUGGAGAAGAAAAGAGAAGAAUGGUUGCAAAAGGAAAGUGAAGAAAUAAAGAAGGCCUACACAGAUUGGAAGCAACGUUUAAAUGAUAAAAAACAAAUUGCGAACGAAAAAAAUGCGAAAAAUGUUGAGACUUCCUCAGCUGAUACUCAAGAGCUGUAUAAAACUAUAAUGGAAACAAUUGCUGACCAAACUGUGAGCCGUCAUCAAGAAUGUGUAAAUAUUCGUGAUUCAGUGAAGGCAGCAACUACUGAAACUCGCAAUGAAUUCCGUCAGAAAGUUAAACUUCGAGUUAUCAAUUUUUGCUUGGAAGAGGAAGAAAAGGCUUUAAGCCCUGCAAAUCCCCCAAUGCCUGGACAGAAUUCUGAAAAUUCUUUAGUCCCUUCUACCAAUAUUGGUAAAAAUGAAUUGACUAAAGAAAACGAGGACAGUUUAAAUAAAGAUGAGGAAUUGAAGGAAGAUGAUGAGUAUGAUGAAGAUAAAGACGAUAAAAUAAAGAAUGGAAAGGGAAAGGAUGAUAAAGGUUCUAAUUCCGCUGAAGAAGACAAGAAUAAGUUAAAGGAUGUUAAGGAAAAUGGUACUGACUCUUCGGAAUCUGGCGAAGAAAAUGAAGAUAAAAUGAAGAAUGACGGAGAAAAGGAAGAGAAGGAUUCUUCAAAAGAUGAUGAGGUUAAAGAAGCAAAGAACUUAGAAAAGAAGCAAGAUAUUGGGAAGGAAACGAAUGGGGAAGAUGAAAAUGAAGAAAAGAAAAUGGAUGAAGAUGAGAAAGAUGAAGAGGAAGGGAAGGAUGUGAAAAAGGAUAAUAAGGAAGAGAGUGGUCCAACUCCUCAAAAUGAGGAGGAUAAUGAUGAGGCCGGAAACGAUGAAGAUGAAGCGCCGGAAGUUAAUGGAAAAGAUUAAAAACUGAGAGAGAUUGACGGAGAAUUUAAGUAAACACUAAAAGCGCUUGAAAAUCCUGUUUAUAGUAAAUAUUUUUAAAGUUUUAUUAACUAUUUUUACGUAAAAUUUCACUUGUAUUGACAUCAUUUUCUGUCUUUAUUAAAUUUGAUAAUUUUCGUGCGAGCUGUUUCAAAAUUUAGAUUUUUGCGGUUUUUAUUUCGAUUUUAACUUUUUUUAUUGUUUCGAAACAGCUUUGCUUACUCUAAAGUAAAUUGGCCUUUUCGAGAGUUUCACAAUCAUAAACACGGAUUUUUACCAUUUUAUCAACAUUUACAGUCCAUUUUUCAUUAUGUCCCG